UCCUUAGAGGGGGGAGAAAGGAGAAAGAGGGCUUGGAGGGCGAGAGACGCGCCUUUGCAGCCUCCAGAGGGGAGGGAAAAAAGUGGGGAGGUGUGGGCGAGUGGGCUGGCUCUGUGGCCCAUCCUUCCCCCUUCUCUGUCGCCUUCCUCCUCCUCCUCCUCUUCUUCCUCCUGCUUUGCUGCUGCAAAGGCGAGGCGCUGCAAACAGGACUCGCCCUUCCCUUGGAAAUCAUUGCAAAGGAUACAAUAAGAGGGAGGGAUUGGAGAGGCCCAUCAUCCACCAUGGAAGGAGCAUCCUUUGGGGCCGGGCGGGCAGGGGCUGCUGUGGACCCCAUAGAGUUCAUCCAGAGGCCCCAAACCAUCCUUAGGAUCAUCUCUGGGGUCUUUGCCAUUGUGGUAUUUGGCUCCAUCAUCAACGAAGGCUAUGUCAACACUGACAAAUCCCCAUUGCUGCGCUGCGCAUUCAAUGCCAACGAGAGCGCCUGUAACUACGCCAUCACCAUCGGCCUCAUUGCCUUCCUGGCCUGCAGCCUUUUCCUGGUGGUGGACCUCUACUUCCAGCAGAUCAGCAGCGUCAAGGACCGCAAGCGCGUGGUACUGGUCGACCUGGGUUUCUCAGGCUUCUGGGCCUUCUUGUGGUUUGUGUCCUUCUGCUUUCUGGCCAACCAAUGGCAGCGGACGGCACCCAGCAAAGCAGCCUCCCAUGCCGGAGAUGCGGCGCGAGCGGCCAUUGCCUUCUCCUUCUUCUCCAUCAUCUCCUGGGUGGCCCUGGCUUUGAAGGCGCUACAGCGGUUCCGCCUGGGGACGGACAUGUCGCUCUUCGCUACAGACCAGUUCCCGCCGGAUCCCAAUGCAGGAUACCCCGGGUACCCCACCGGCUCGGGCGUGGAAAGCACGGACACCUACCAGAGCCCCCCAUUCUCCGAGACCUUGGACACGAGCCCCAAGGGCUACCAGGUGCCAGCCUAUUGAGGAGCAUGGUGGGGUCUGCUAUUAUUGGGGGGGGGGGGUAUCGUCCCAUGUGGUUGUAUAGCAAACGGGACCUGGCCCAGUGGAAAUGGGCCUGGCUUCCCUUUCUAUGGUGCAAAGUAUAGUCAACUGGUUGGUCGCGAAAUGUAUUCCAAGAGUCCUCUUCUUAGUUUUCUAAAUGUAUGGCGAGUUUUAAAUGUGUGCCGGGUUCAACUUUUAACUCUUAGCUCAUCUGGUGAUACAGUGGAUUCUGUACCGUGGUGGUAUUGGUUCUUGUCUUUUACCUGUCCGAGGAUCUUCUUUCUUUUUUAAAAGAGAUAUAUAGACAUACAUAUAUAUAUAUAAAUAAAUAAAUAUAUAUACAAAACACAAACUCAACAGUGUUCCCUCUAAGCAGGACAUUUAAGGAUGGUUGCUGCUGCUCACGGCUGGAAAACGCACAGGAAAUGAGCUAUCGCUCAGUCAGUUUUUCCAAAACUUUCCCCCCAAUUUUCCACUUUUCUCCCCCAAAUAAGUAGAUGCUUUAACUCGUCUUCCGGGGCUAAACUCCCCCAAAAUAUCGUUCUCUUAGUUUUCAUUUGAGGGACAUCCUCCUUCCUUCAUUAUUUCCUUUUUAAACCAUAGGAAACGUCACUUGGGUUCCUCUUGUUUUUCCCCAAAAAAAGUGCCAAAAUCUUAAGCCAAAUAUUACAUUAUGUUACUUUUUGUACAGUUAUGAAAUUCCUGAAAUGAAUAAAUCUAGGCUGCAAACUUUAGCUUCACAUAUAGGUUUUUAGAUAGGAUUCUGGGCUUUAAUACAUUUUCCCUUCGUUUGUUUAAAUCACAUUUUUGCACUUAAGGGGAAAACAUUUCAGAUUUGGAACAGCCAUCACAAGAGCAAGAAAUGAAGCAUUACGGUAGGUCCAGAAGGACCUAAAACAGGCCAAGUGGAGCAUCCCAACUUUCCAACUCAUACAUUUCUCCAUCUCCCAAAUUAGAAAGAGGAAUUUGAAGCCAUUUUGGAGGAAACGGAUAAAUAGAAGAGGGACUAGAAUAGGAAACCCUGUGUCCCUCAAUGGGAACGGUCUUCUCAAAAUGGUAUCCAAUACAUUGAGAAGUAAGGCUGUGUUAUGCACCUGGCAUUUUGCUAAAUACAUGUAUUCAAUCAAUGACAAAUUGAUAAACACUCUGUGUAGACUUCUUAACUUCAACAAGGGUCAUAUUAAAAUCUGCAAGUUGAGUCUGUACAGCAAGUGGAUUGACCAAUCAGCCAUUGAUUGAGUAGCCUUGAACCCAUUUCCAUCCCUAUUGAAUCAAUGGGUUUGACUUACCAUAUAUUCUCAUGUAUAAGUCGAGGGUAAGUUUUGGGUCAACAUUAUACAUUUCAAUAUGACCUAUAUAUUGGUCUAGACCAGCCAUGGGCAAACUUCAGCCUUCCGGGUGUUUUGGACUUCAACUCCCACAAUUCCUAACAGCUGGUAGGUUGUUAGGAAUUGUGGGAGUUGAAGUCCAAAACACUUGGAAGGCCGAAGUUUGUCCAUGGCUGGUUUAGACUUGUACAGAAAGUGCUGGAUUUACCAAUCAGUCAUUGAUCGAGUGGCCUGAACCCAUCUCCAUCUUAUCCAUCUCCAUAUGAGUAGACCUAUUGAAUCAAUGGGAUCAGCUUCCUGAAACACACUGAUGUGUAAGUUGACCCCAUGUUUAAGUCGAGAGCAAGUUUUGGGGCCAAAAUUAUGGAUUCCUCCCAAAGUUGCUGCAAACCUCAACCUUUGUGUACGGAGAUGCUUCAUAAGUCUUGCAUAUGAGUCAUAUUACUAGAAUAAUGGUAACUCCAUUAAAUGAUGAUGGGUAUCAGAAUACCAAAUUGGACUGUAUUCACAUUUCAGCAUCUGUCCCCCAUUCACAAUUUCGUAACGGGACACAACCGGGUUCGGUCUCGUAUCCAAAAACCCUAAAUAUGCGGGGUCUGAACCUGAAAUGGUUUCCGAAACAAACAGGGUCUGAAAGCAGUCGAACUGUAGCAAUAUUUCCCUUAGAGAGAACACUGCCAUCCUAGCGGACGACUGUGUGUUUUCCAGUAUUUUUAGGCAACAGACGGAAGCCGUCAUACACCUUUAAUGUCUUUUCUUUCGAUCGAGAUUGUACAAAAUAUAAAUGUCUGUUCGGUACAAGUGUAUUUUUUCUAACUGUAUAAAAAAUGAUGAAUCCAUUCCAGAGUAUCCGUGUAUUUGCCUGUAAAAAGGAGGAGGAAAAAAAAGGAGAGAGUCCAUGUUCUUCUGUCUGAGUGGAAAGCAGUGUUGUUGUGUUGUAUAUUACCAUUUUGAAUGUAUGCA